AUGUCGUGGUAUCCACCACAGGCAGCGCCGGGCGCGAAGGCGAGUUGGGCCAUGCUCCGGUUGAACAUUGAGCGCUCAAAGACACGACCAGUAUGCCACGAGGUGUUGAUGCGGAACUUCCCGAAGAGCUGGGUAGCAGAAGGGGAGCCCGAGAUUUUCGAUGGCGGAUUCGACGUGUCUGCUGUGACAGCCAUUGCUUGCUUCGAGACCAUCGAGGCAGCUCAGGCCGCUGUGCAGACGCUUUCUGGAGCCGACAUGCGCACCAAUACCGAGAAGAAGGCUGCUGGCAACAAGCCGCCGCUGGACUCUGAGCGGUUUUGGGCCCAGCUCAAAGCGGCCCCUUCGUCUGCCAGCUCAGCUUGGAUGCCCCGGCGAGGUGCCAAGGAGCGCUUCCUCGGCACCGACAGCUACAGCAGCUACAGCAACACCGGACGUGAAAGCAGACGCAAAAAAGGAAGCGAAAGGAGAAGCCCGAAGGGCCAAACCCUCCGUGCCCUUACCUCAUGGAGAAACAGAGGAGCUUCAGAAGAGUCUUACAUCCUCGUCCGCGGCUUUCCCCCAAGCUGGAGAGAGCCACAGGUCAAGUACCUGUUCGUGGUAUUUGGUGGCACAUCCUCCGUGAUCUUCGUUCCGGAUCCUGAGUUUGGACGAGCUGCACAAGUAACGCUGAAGGAUGCCGCGGCACUGGGAAGAGCGGCAAGCUCGCUCAAUGAGACUGACGAGAUGGUGGCGCACUUAGAUGGGAAGCUGGGUCAGAUGUUGACAGGUGACAUGAUCGAGGAGUGCCACAUCUUGUGUUCGCACGGGGCCUAG